UUUUCCCUCGGCACGGCCCUGUCCCUCCCUCCUCCCUUCCCUUCCCUUCCCCCCCACCGGACCCGCGCCCGUCAAAGCGAGAGCGCCGUAUCACCGGCCUUUCCUCGCGUCCCCCUCCGAUCCGCGCCCCCCAAAGAUACCUUUUUUUUCCCACCCGCUUCCCCGCGCCGCCGUUUUGCUGCGACCAUGGCGGCGGAGGGGGAGGCCAAGAACCCGUCGGGCGGCGGAGGCGGAGGCGGAGGAGUGGAUAACCCCCAGGUAGAGGCGGCGCCGUCGGUGCCGGCGCCGGCUGAGGGGGAGGCGGUGUUGGUGGCGGCGCAAGGGACGGGGCAAGGACCGGAGGGGGAGAAAGCGGAUCAGGAGGGGGAGAAGGACGACGGCGCGUGCAGAGAUCUGGUCCUGGUUGAGGAUCCGGAGGUGGUCGCCGUCGAGGAUCCGGAGGAAGCUGCAGCAACAGCAGCACUUCAGGAAGAAAUGAAAGCGCUCGUGGCAUCGAUCCCUGAUGGUGCUGGCGCAGCAUUCACAGCGAUGCAACUUCAGGAGCUAGAGCAGCAGUCUCGGGUAUAUCAGUACAUGGCUGCCCGAGUACCUGUGCCUACUCAUCUCGUCUUUCCAAUAUGGAAGAGUGUAACUGGUGCAUCCUCUGAAGGCGCCCAGAAGUACCCUACCUUGAUGGGCUUGGCAACACUGUGCUUGGACUUUGGGAAGAACCCCGAGCCGGAACCUGGGAGGUGCCGGCGAACAGAUGGUAAAAAGUGGCGAUGCUGGAGAAAUACAAUCCCAAACGAAAAAUACUGUGAACGUCAUAUGCAUCGUGGUCGCAAGCGUCCUGUACAGCUUGUUGUCGAGGACGAUGAGCCUGAUUCUGCGUCAGGAUCGAAAUCCACUCCCGGCAAGGCUACCGAAGGUGCCAAGAAGGCUGAUGACAAGAGCCCAAGUAACAAGAAGCUUGCAGUGGCAGCACCUGCUGCUGUGCAGUCUACAUAAUUGAAGCAGCAUUAGUAGUCGCAGAAAGAGCAUAACAGCGCUGGCAACUAGCGCCCGCUUCUUAUUGCAUGUAAUCCCCAAAAGACUGUAGUGUGGUCUUAGCUAUAACCUCAUUAAGCAAGCACAGUGUCUGUGCGAGGAAGCUGCAAGAACUUCCCUUUAGCUGUCACUGAAAAUUUCACUCUUAGGUGUAUAGUUUGAUUUAGCGUUGUCGCGCCUUCGGCCUUCAGGUAGGCGAUGCGGCAUGAUCUGAUAAAUCCUCCCUGAACUGACAAUUUCGCAUUGUGACCCAAGAAGCCGAUGGAAGAACUUGUGAGACUGGAUACUGUGCUUUUUUAUGUUUACCUUUGUUGGCCUGUGCACUUAUCUGAUUUGUCAGUUGUAUAACAAGUGGAAGGUCAUUAAUUUUAUGCCU